UCAUCUUUCUGACACAUUCCUCCUUUCCUUUUCUCUCCACUUCUCUUUUUUUCUCUUCAUUCUCUUCCUCCGCUCCCUUGCUUCUUCCUGCAGUCUUCAGCAUAACUCCUUUCUCGCUUCUUACCUACCUGACUCCCUUGUUCGAGCACCACUAUUGCAUCUCAUAAAUUAUAUUUAACACCUUGUAUCCAUCCAUCGCCAUGGUUUCCAAAACACAAUCACCCCAGUCCUCGUUGAAUGACGACUCGCUAUCCGCGGAAGCUGAUCAUUACCACACGCCCUCUUUCCCUCUUCAUACCAACGACAACGAAGGCCACUUUAAAAGCCCUGACUCCUCGGCCAUCUCGAUUCUCUCUGCCUCAGGGACACUAGUCUCUUCAGAUGUCCGGCAACACUCUCCUUCCACAGCCUUGCCUCACCCUCUUUCCCGCACCUCGACCGCCCACACCUUGACUAUGGCACAGUCCCUGUUUGACCCUGAGCCCUUUAAAGCCAUCCUGAACGAACUGAAUGAAUAUCUGGAGCAAUUCGAUGCAUUAAACGACCAGAUCCUGGAUGCAAUGACCACCUACUGCGAGAAUAAUUUGGAUAUGGACUUGAUACCGGGAUCGUCUUCAGCUGGGCACUUGCCCGGACUCAUGAGGGAACACCAAUCGAGGGAUCUGGAAGAGCACCGUUGGUCCGCGGCUCAGUCGAUCGCCGAUCUAAUAUUGUCCGCGUGGCCUAGACUAUGUAAGACCGUCACCUCCACAUCCCCCGACCCGCUCACGAUGCAGAUUCAGGCGCAGCCUCAACCACCGUCGCACCACAUGAUAAAGUUGAACAAACAGCGGACCAAGAUUGCCACACAGCUCAAAAAUGGCAUUGUCAUUUUCUGUAGUGCUCAAAGCCUUUUUCAGGAGAGGGCUCAGCUAGUUCUUGACAUCUAUCAGGACCCCACUGAGCUCGAACGUGAUGACCGCACUAGGACCCUUCGCAGUCGCCACUUGAACAGUCUAUUAUCGAGCACCCUCAGCACAGCCGUAGGGGAUCAAUUAGCACGGAAACUCACGGAAGACCAGGAGAAGAUGGCAUUGAUUACGGAGUCAUUGCAGGGCGUCUGGUUGGAGAUCGUGUUUUUUCUAGAGAGCUCUGGUCCGAAGGGUAUCGUUACACACGAGUCUUUUGGGCGAAAGCUCCUUCGAAUCAGCAAGACGAAACGGCAAGCACUCAAAACCCUCCUAAAGAGCUGGUAGAUGCGUAGGCGCCUAGUUUUUCAAUAAAAGCUGUGACUUG